UUCUGGUAGUCGAGCCGCGGUCACACUGAACGCUAAAAUUAAAUAUCGGAUUAAAGGUGGUUUCGCUGCUGAAAUUUAGGGGAAAAUAGUGUGAAACUGUGUUAAGUGCAAUAUCUAUGCGUUAGAACUUGUGUUUUAGCGUUGUGAAAAGUGUUUUUUGCCCGGAAAAUAUCAAAAAGAAAGCAGAGUGGCUGCUGCGAAGAGGAAUUAAAGCGGAGACGGAGUAACAAUGAGCGAGCGAGACGGCAGAUGGCCAGUGUGAGCGCUAGUGCUGCUCCUCUAACCAAAUAAAACAAAACAAAGGAAGAGACAAAGGAUAGAAACCCGAAAAAGGCACAGGAUAUAUAUAUAUAUAUAUAUGUAUAUAUUUAAUCAAAGGCUUCCAGGAUAUAUCCAGCCGAUCCGAAGCUGAACGUACAUAGCUUUGAAGGGAUCGCGAGAAAAGUCGUCGCCAGUGUGAGUGUGUGUGCAUAUGGGGUUGGAAAACUGUGAAAAUUCAAGCGCAAAAGUCUUUGGCUCCGAUUAACUCGCGGAAAACUAAUCGCUGGGCAGGUGGAGAAAAUGCCGAGCGCCUCGUUCACCUCGUCGCGCACCUACGUGCGCCGCUCCCGCCGGAAAGGAGCAAACCGGAUAGCGAUGCCCAACCGGCCCACGGGCAACAUCAUGGAUCCCAUGCUCCAGCAGAACGUGGCCGCCGCUGGUGGCGGAGCAGGAGCAAGUGCGUCCGGUUCCAGCAGUAGUGGUGGCGGCAGCAGCAACAACAGCAGCAGCGGGAACAGCAGCACGGCUUCCACAUCCACAACCGGAGCAGCAGGAGCCGGAGGAGCAGUUGCAGCAGGUGCCUCCAGUUCAGCGGAGUACUUCGACAGCGGCCAAGGGGCCAGCGGAUCCAGUGGAGCUGCGUCCUCGGGCUUCUCUGGCAGCUUCUACAAUGCCCUGCAAAUGAUGGACACCACCGAGAGCUCGGGCGCCGGUUCCAGUCAGUCCACGCCACCGGUUUUAGGAGCCUCCUCCUCCUCCUCAAAGUCCACCUGCGCCACAGCCGGAUCCAGUACGGCCACGACGUCCGCCGCCGCGGCAGCUGCAUCUUCCGCUUCCGCCGUCAGUAGUCACCAGAGCCCGUACGACUUGCGCCGCAAGAUCUCUGCCAGCAGCCACGAUCAGUGGCCCACCAGCUCUUCCUCCGCCGUGGCAACAGCUGCCGCCAUACUUGUGGGACCCUCGAGCAGCUCGCCGCCGCUGGUGAAUCCCGGCGCCUCACCCUCCAGCUCCUCGUCGUCCUCCUCCUCCAGCUCGUCGUCCUCGUCCGCCUCGUCCUCGAGCUCCUCGUCCAACGUACAGGCGCCCUCGACCAGUGCCACCUUCCCGGUGAACAAUGCACCUACCACAGGAGCCACGCUUGCGCAGCCCCCGAAUGUCCACAGCUCAGUGCCGCAACAGCAUUGUGGGGCUUUGCCCGUGGGAGCGGCCAUCGAGGACAAUAACUACAUGCUGCCGGCGCGGAAAAGAUCGCGACGCCUCUACACGCAAGGCGGUGAGUUGGGUCCAGCUGCGGGGGCCACCGGAGAGGCAGCCGGAGCUGGAACAGCAGCUUCGGGAUCAGCAGGCUGUGCGCCCACUGCGGCCCAGUACCUUCAGUACGAACUGCCCGACGAGGUGCUGUUGGCCAUAUUCUCGUAUCUGAUGGAACAGGACCUCUGCCGCCUGGCUCUCGUGUGCAAGCGCUUCAACACCAUCGCCAACGAUACAGAGCUGUGGAAGCGCCUCUACCAGUCGGUCUUUGAGUACGACCUGCCGCUCUUCAACCCGGAGCUCUGCAAGUUCGUGUUCGAAAAACCCGAGGAGUCGGAGUAUGCCAAUCCGUGGAAGGAAAGCUUUCACCAGCUGUACCGCGGCGUGCAUGUACGUCCCGGCUAUCAGGAGCGACGCAGCUCCGGCCGCAGCAUUGUUUUCUUCAACACCAUUCAGGCGGCUCUGGAUUACCCCGAAGAGCGGGCCGCAGCGGGAGUGUUCGUGCCCGCUGCAGGUGCCGGCAAUGUGGUCUCCGCCGGACUGUCUAACACAAGUGCAGCGGCGGGCGCAGGCGGAGCAGGUGGGGCCAGCGUGAAUGCACUGGUCAACAUCUACGAGGAGCAGGUGGCGCCCACCGAGCACCCAGGACCGCUGAUAUUCCUCCAUGCUGGCCACUACAAGGGCGAGUAUCUGUUCAUCGACUCAGACGUGGCUCUGGUUGGAGCUGCACCUGGCAACGUUGCCGAAUCCGUAAUCCUGGAGCGGGAAGCCGGAUCCACGGUGAUGUUCGUUGAGGGGGCCAAGUACGCCUACGUGGGCUACCUCACGCUCAAGUUUUCGCCGGAAGUCACUUCGACAGUAUCGCAUCACAAGCACUACUGCCUGGACAUCGGCGAGAACUGCUCCCCCACCGUGGACAACUGCAUCAUUCGCUCCACCUCGGUGGUGGGCGCUGCCGUCUGUGUGGGCGGGGUCAAUGCCAAUCCCGUGAUCCGCAAUUGCGAUAUCAGUGACUGCGAGAAUGUGGGCCUCUAUGUCACCGACUACGCCCAGGGAACCUACGAGCACAACGAGAUCAGCCGAAACGCGUUGGCUGGAAUUUGGGUAAAGAACUUCGCCAGUCCGAUCAUGCGGGAGAACCACAUACACCACGGACGGGACGUGGGCAUCUUUACUUUCGAAAACGGCAUGGGUUACUUCGAAAAGAAUGACAUUCACAACAAUCGCAUAGCUGGUUUCGAGGUGAAGGCCGGAGCAAAUCCCACGGUGGUCAAGUGCGAGAUCCACCAUGGCCAGACAGGCGGCAUCUAUGUGCAUGAGAAUGGAUUGGGUCAGUUCAUCGAGAACCGCAUUCAUUCGAAUAACUUUGCAGGUGUUUGGAUAACCUCUAACAGCAACCCCACUAUUCGCAAGAACGAGAUCUACAACGGCCACCAGGGUGGCGUGUACAUCUUCGGCGAGGGUCGUGGUCUGAUCGAGCACAACAACAUUUAUGGAAAUGCGCUGGCCGGGAUUCAGAUCCGUACUAAUAGCGACCCCAUAGUGCGGCACAACAAGAUCCACCAUGGCCAGCACGGCGGCAUCUAUGUGCACGAGAAGGGUCAGGGGCUGAUCGAGGAGAAUGAGGUGUACUCCAACACAUUGGCCGGCGUGUGGAUCACCACCGGGAGCACACCCGUUCUGCGUCGCAACCGGAUCCAUUCGGGCAAACAGGUUGGAGUCUACUUCUACGACAACGGACACGGCAAACUGGAGGACAACGACAUAUUCAACCACCUGUACUCGGGGGUGCAGAUCCGAACGGGCAGCAAUCCGGUGAUACGGGGUAACAAGAUCUGGGGCGGCCAGAACGGCGGAGUACUCGUCUACAACGGCGGCCUAGGGCUGCUGGAGCAGAACGAGAUCUUCGACAACGCCAUGGCCGGGGUGUGGAUCAAAACAGACUCCAACCCGACGCUCAAGCGCAACAAGAUAUACGAUGGCCGCGACGGUGGGAUCUGCAUCUUCAACGGCGGCAAGGGAAUCCUUGAGGAAAACGACAUUUUUCGCAACACACAGGCCGGAGUUCUCAUCUCAACGCAGUCGCAUCCUAUCCUGCGACGAAAUCGCAUCUAUGAUGGCCAGGCGGCGGGCGUGGAGAUCACAAACAAUGCCACGGCCACCCUGGAGCACAACCAGAUAUUCAAAAACAAGUUCGGCGGGCUGUGCUUGGCCAGCGGCGUUCAGCCCAUAACGCGAGGCAACAACAUCUUCAACAACGAGGAUGAGGUGGAGAAGGCCGUCUCCAGCGGGCAGUGCCUGUACAAAAUUAGCAGCUACACAUCCUUCCCCAUGCACGACUUCUACCGCUGCCAGACCUGCAACACAACCGAUCGCAACGCCAUUUGCGUCAAUUGCAUCAAGAAUUGUCAUGCUGGCCAUGACGUGGAGUUUAUACGACACGAUCGCUUCUUUUGCGAUUGCGGUGCUGGCACCCUGUCCAACCAGUGUCAACUGCAGGGCGAGCCCACUCAGGACACGGACACACUGUACGACUCGGCGGCGCCUAUGGAGUCACACACGCUGAUGGUCAACUAGUGAACUAAUUUCGGCAGCUCGACCACGGUCCUAUUCUUAGCUAUAUCUUAAGUCAGUCGUUAAGGCCAAGCUCUCAAAUCUCUCGCACAUCUCACGUGUUGCUGUAAAUAUUCGAAAGAAACCAACAAACAAAACACACUAUAAUACAAUUAA